AUUGUGACCACACCACCACAGACCUCUGUAAGCUCACAGAUCUACCUUCCUUGGGGCAAGGCUGGUCAUAAGAAGGGAAAUAGAGCUGUGCUGAGGUUGCCUACAGGGAGGCUAGCUCUCAGAUACGUGAUGAGUGCCUGAAGCUGAUGGCGCUUUGCACACCAGAGACAGUGAUUUUGUGGACACCACUCCAGCACCUUACAGCCCGGAGGAGUUAGCUCCUCCCCGUGUCUGCUACAACCCCAGCAGUCCUGUGCAGAUUCUAGAAGAGCCCGCCUACUUCUACCCAGACUUGCAGCUCUAUUCUGGGAGGCAUGAGGCAUCCGCUUUGACAGUGGAGGCAAGCGGAGGCCUGAGGGGGAAAAGCGUGGAGGACCCUCUCUCCAACUUCCACUCCCCAAACUUCCUGAGGACCCCAGAGGUGGAAAUGAGAGGUUCUGAGGAUGUGGCAGCUGGAACAGUGUUACAGCGGCUGAUCCAGGAACAACUCCGCUAUGGCACCCCGACCGAGAACAUGAACCUGCUGGCCAUUCAGCACCAGGCCACAGGGAGUGCAGGGCCAGCCCACGCCACCAACAACUUUUCUUCCACGGAAACCCUCACUCAAGAAGACCCACAAAUGGUCUUCCAGUCAGCCCGCCAGGAGCCGCAGGGUCAAGAGCACCAGGGGGACAAUUCGGUGAUGGAGAAGCAGGUCCGCUCCACUCAGCCUCAACAGAACAAUGAGGAGCUGCCCACAUAUGAGGAGGCCAAGGCCCAGUCUCAGUUCUUCAGGGGACAGCAGCAGCAGCAGCAGCAACAGCAGCAGCAGCAGCAGGGACAGGGGCCCCUCGGCCACACGUACUACAUGGCCGGAGGUACCGGUCAGAAGUCCCGCACGGAGGGGAGGCCCACAGUCAACCGGGCCAAUAGCGGACAAGCACACAAGGACGAGGCCCUGAAAGAGCUAAAGCAAGGCCACGUCCGAUCCCUCAGCGAGAGGAUCAUGCAGCUGUCACUGGAGAGGAAUGGAGCUAAGCAACACCUCCCUAGCUCGGGAAAUGGAAAGGGCUUCAAAGCUGGAGCAGGGCCAUCCCCGGCCCCGCCUGCCUCGAAAGCACUGGACCCUCGUGGCCCUCCACCCGAAUACCCCUUCAAGAGCAAGCCAAUGAUGUCCCCAGUCAGCAAGAACCAAGAUCAUGGCCUUUACUACAGUGACCAGCACCCUGGAGUACUCCAUGAGAUGGUCAAACCUUACCCUGCACCUCAGCCUGCAAGAACAGAAGUGGCCGUCCUGAGGUAUCAGCCACCCCCAGAGUAUGGGGUCACCAGCCGGCCAUGCCAGCUCCCCUUUCCAUCCACGGUGCAGCAGCAUAGUCCCAUGUCCUCUCAGACGUCCUCCAUCAGUGGGCCUCUGCACUCCGUCUCCCUGCCUCUUCCGCUUCCCAUGAGCCUGGCAGCUCCACAGCCUCCACCGGCCUCCCCCAGCCAGCAGCUUGGACCAGAUGCCUUUGCGAUUGUGGAGCGAGCCCAGCAAAUGGUGGAGAUCCUCACAGAGGAGAAUCGUGUGCUUCACCAGGAGCUUCAGGGCUGCUAUGACAACGCCGACAAGCUUCACAAGUUUGAAAAAGAGCUGCAGAGGAUUUCGGAAGCCUACGAGAGCCUGGUCAAGUCCACCACCAAGCGUGAGUCUCUGGACAAGGCCAUGAGAAACAAGCUAGAAGGCGAGAUCCGGAGACUUCAUGACUUCAACAGAGAUCUCCGAGACCGACUGGAGACAGCCAACAGGCAGCUGUCCAGCAGAGACUAUGAUGGGCACGAGGACAAGGCUGCAGAGGACCAUUACAUGUCCCAGAACAAAGAAUUCUUGAAGGAAAAGGAAAAGUUGGAAAUGGAGUUGGCAGCAGUGCGGAACGCAAGCGAGGACCAUCGGAGGCAUAUUGAGAUCCUGGACCAGGCUUUGAGCAAUGCCCAGGCCAGAGUGAUCAAGUUGGAGGAAGAGUUACGAGAGAAGCAAGCCUAUGUGGAGAAGGUUGAGAAGCUGCAGCAGGCCCUGACCCAGCUGCAGUCUGCAUGUGAGAAGCGAGAGCAGAUGGAACGCAGACUGCGGACCUGGCUGGAGAGGGAGCUGGAUGCUCUGAGGACACAGCAGAAACAUGGAAAUGGCCAGCCAGCCAGUCUCCCGGAAUAUAAUGCCCCUGCCCUCAUGGAACUUGUACGGGAGAAGGAGGAGCGGAUCCUAGCCUUGGAGGCCGACAUGACCAAGUGGGAGCAGAAAUACCUGGAAGAAAGCACCAUCCGGCACUUUGCCAUGAGUGCUGCUGCCGCUGCCACAGCCGAGAGGGACAGCACCAUCGUCAACCACUCGAGGAACGGCAGCUAUGGUGAGGGCUCCCUGGAGGCCCACAUCUGGCCGGAGGAAGAGGAGGUGGUGCAGGCCAACAGGAGGUGUCAGGACAUGGAGUACACUAUUAAAAACCUCCAUGCCAAAAUCAUAGAGAAGGAUGCCAUGAUAAAGGUCCUUCAGCAGCGGUCCCGUAAGGACACUGGGAAGACGGACUCUUCCAGCCUGCGGCCCGCCCGCUCUGUCCCAUCCAUUGCGGCAACCACCGGGACACAUUCCCGCCAGACUUCACUUACCAGCAGCCAGCUGGCGGAAGAGAAGAAGGAAGAGAAGACCUGGAAGGGGAGUAUAGGAUUCCUGCUGGGGAAGGAGCAUCAGGGCCAGGCCUCUGCCCCUCUGCUGCCUACCACACCUGCCUCUGCACUGUCCCCUCCGGCUCCCACCACGUCGGCCGGCAGCACCCACGCCAAGACAGGCAGCAAGGACAGCAGCACCCAGACAGACAAGAGCACUGAGCUCUUCUGGCCCAGCAUGGCUUCCCUCCCCAGCCGUGGCAGGCUGAGCACCGCCCCUUCCAACAGCCCCAUCCUGAAACAUCCAGCUGCCAAAGGGACCGUGGAGAAACCAGAGAGCUCUCCUGGCCAUGGGAAGUCGACAGACCACAGAAGCCGCGUCAGCAGCUCCUUGCACAAGCCCGAGUUCCCAGAUGGGGAGAUGAUGGAGGUGCUCAUCUAGCCCUCGUCCUGUGGAGUUUCACACCAGCAUGCUGACAAGAAAGAUGGCUGAAAGAGGAGAAGACCUAGAUGGUAGUAGCUGGGAAACCAGGACAGGUGUGGACACUUCAUGUUACCAAAGCAGCUGGCUCACAGGACUGCAGGAAGGGAGAGAAGAUGCAUGCAGACUUGGAAGCAGAGUUGAGAAGAAAUAGGAGUGAGAUUUUCCAUUGUAGAGAAAGUGUAUGUCAUGGGGAGGCUCCAUGCUUCCCCUAUUCUUGGCUUAUAGACAGAUGAAGAAGAGCUGGGCCUUCCUUGGAACCACCCCAUUCCCUUUGCCUCUUAGAAGGUUUGGUUUAAGAAGAAUCUGCUGGAAAUCCUGAAAACCCAUCUUGGCAUAA